UCCCGACCGAUCAAAUCAGCAUUCCACAUUGUCCCCCGCAGCAAGAUGCAGGUACACUCGAGUGUCAGACGGCGAUUGUUUGCUUCUCGGCAACACCCGAAGACAGCAUUGCCUAACAGGAGCAAUGCCCAUCAGGCCCUGCACUUUCAGCACCGCUGGCGUCAGCAACUAACUCAUGCGCUGAAGAGAAUGCUUGUGUAUGCUUGUCUGGUCAGCCCCGAGUACAACUGCGGUUUAUUGGGGGCUAGUUUAAUUUGCGCUGUGCGACGGUCCGCUUUCAAUGCUCCCUACUCGCACGUGUGGACAAGUUACAACCGCUAAUUUCAUACUCUUCUCUUGCUUCGCUGCAUUUGGCUGCCAGUCGUCUAUGGUUGUAUGAUCAGUAAGCGGGGGCUACUACCUGAGAGAAAGCCCGGAAUUGACGGAGAGAUCUAGACCAAGAAUCACGCGUGCACUAAACAGUUGGUCUCGCACGAUUCCACGGAUCUAUCCCGAAAUGUCCAGCCUUCUC